UUUUUUUAAUAUUUUGGAAGCUGAAGAAGUAAGGGUACCCAUGUGGCAUGUGAAGAGUGGGAUGGGGCAAGUUGAUUUGGAAUUUGUUGGAUAGUUUACGCGCGUCCAACACUUUGAUUUGUUUUAAGUCAAAAGGCUUCAAAGCCCUUUUAACAACACGGUUACACGGCCAAGACGCUGCGCUACAUCAUCAUUAUAUAUCUAUCAGCUACACCAACACACACACUCGCACUCACACACUGCGAUCCAACCGCCAUGGCUGCUCCCCUCAAGCUCAAGCCCAAGCCCAAUCUCCUCAUCACCUUCCUCGUCUUCCUCAUCCUCUGCGGCUGCGCCUACGCUCGCCUCAUCUCCGAUCCAGCGGAUCUCAUCUCGGACGGCGUCUCCGCUGCCCCCUUCCUGCGCCUCUACGCCGCAGAUGAGGCCUGCGAGCAGACCUACGGCUUCAUGCCGUGCACCAGCUCCGGGAUCGGAAGCCUCUUCCUGAUUCUGUUGUAUGGAUACCUCAUGUUCCUCGCCGCGACGUAUCUCUCCGCCGGCAGUGAGCUGUUGCUCGAGAUGCUCGGCCCUGGACUCGUCGGCGGCCUCUUCCUUCCGAUUCUCGGAGCGCUUCCAGAUGCACUGCUUAUUCUCGUCUCUGGGCUUUCUGGAACCCCUGAAACCGCUCAAAGCCAGGUAUCAGUUGGAAUGGGAUUGCUAGCUGGCUCAACCGUCAUGCUUCUUACUACAGCUUGGGGUACCUGUAUUAUUGUUGGAAAGUGUGAUUUAGAGAAUUCUGUUGCCGUUGACUCCACAGACACAAAAGGCUUCAGCUUAACUGGAUCUGGUGUUAGCACGGAUAUAUGGACAAGCUAUGCAGGGAUUAUCAUGGCUAUAUCCGUUAUUCCCUUCGUAGUUGUCCAACUGCCACAAGUUUUGAACAUAGACUCCGGAAGGCACUUGGUUGUUUUGAUUGCCCUUAUUGUUUCUGUUGGGCUGCUAAUUUCCUAUUGCCUUUACCAGGUAUUCCAGCCCUGGAUUCAGAAGCGGCGGCUUGAUUUUGUAAAGCAUAAACAUGUCAUGGCAGGAAUCCUAAAGCAUUUUGAUUCAAGUCCUUUAGGGAAGCUUAGCACAGAAGAUGGAGAACCUAAUGUUGAUGUAUUAAAGAAGAUCUUUAAAAGGAUUGAUGAUGACAAUGAUGGAAUCCUUUCACGCUUAGAAAUAAAGGCUCUAAUUGUUGGAAUCCAUUUUAAUGAGAUAACUUUAGAUCAUGAUGAAGCAGUGGAGAAAGUGCUUAAGGAAUUCGAUACUUCUCUUGACUCGAAAAUUGAUUGCGAUGAGUUCAUUGCUGGAGUCGGGAGAUGGCUAAAAGAGGCCAGAAAUUCAGUAGACGAUUUUCACGCGGAAACAAAGAGAGAACAUGAUCUUUUGGGAAACCAACACGACGAGAGUGGUGAAGCUGUUGAGGAUGCUCGAUGGAUCUCGAUCAAAGCUGCACUUCUGUUGCUUCUGGGAACAGUUAUUGCAGCUUCAUUUGCUGAUCCUCUGGUGGACGCUGUCAACAGUUUUUCUGCAGCGACAAGCAUUCCUACCUUUUUCAUCUCGUUUAUUGCGCUGCCGUUGGCUACCAACUCAAGCGAGGCGGUGUCUGCAAUUAUAUUUGCUAGCAGAAAGAAGCUAAGAUCUGCCUCUUUGACAUUCUCAGAGCUGUACGGAGCAGUGACGAUGAACAACGUGCUGUGCCUGUCGGUGUUCUUGGCCCUUGUAUACGCGAGAGGGUUGGAGUGGAACUUCUCGUCGGAGGUACUGGUGAUCUUGAUGGUGUGCAUCGUGAUGGGGGUGUUUGCGAGCACCCGCACCACGUUCCCGCUGUGGACGUCUCUCGUAGCCUUCCUGCUCUAUCCCAUUUCCCUCGCACUUGUAUAUGUACUCGACUACGUCUUUGGCUGGUCGUAAAUCCACAUAAUUGCAUACAUCUGCAAUGCUUUCUGCUACACUUUUUUAUUUACAAGAGGAUCUCUGUGUAUCAAUGGAGUGUUUUCUCACCGGAAUACAUUCAUAUUUGCUUUCUUUCAGACCUAACAAA